CAUAGCAGCAAGCCAUUCAAAGCGAAAGAAGAAGACAACAAUGACGCUAACACGUGGUUCCAACAUGUCUGCCUGACGUGUUGUUUGGUUGUUGUAUGCUAAGAAGAUAUGAGCUGUUUUGAUCACUAGUUUGAUCCCGGCUAAUUUGAUAAUCUGUAUAAUAAAUUUGCUGACCGUAGGUUCAAAAGUAUUAAAGCUACAGGAUGGCCCAGAGAAAGAAGAAACUGACGAAGAAGAAGAGACACACCAACAGAGAGUCGGAGUCUGACUCUGACAGGGGAGACUUUGAACUGGCUGCUGAAAUUAAGGACGAUGAUUCUGCGGGGAGGAAACUGCUGCGGUUCCCCGCCUCAUCAGACUGCCUGUCUGAUGUGGAGCCUGACACCAGGGAGCUGAUCAGAGCCCAAAACAAGAAGAAAAAGAAGUCUGGAGGUUUUCAGUCCAUGGGUCUCAGUUACCCAGUAUACAAAGGGGUCAUGAAGAAGGGUUACAAAGUCCCAACUCCUAUUCAAAGAAAGACUAUUCCAGUGAUUUUGGAUGGCAAGGAUAUAGUAGCCAUGGCUAGAACUGGCAGUGGAAAGACAGCAGCCUUCCUAGUGCCCAUGUUUGAAAAGCUGAAGGCUCCUCAAGCCCAAACAGGAGCCAGGGCCCUCAUCCUGACCCCCACCAGAGAGCUGGCCCUUCAAACCAUGAAGUUCACAAAAGAGUUGGGAAAAUUCACCGGCCUCAAGACUGCCUUGAUCCUUGGUGGAGACAGAAUGGAUGAUCAGUUUGCUGCUCUUCAUGAAAACCCUGACAUAAUCAUUGGUACACCCGGUCGCCUCAUGCACGUUGUGAAGGAGAUGAACCUAAAGUUGCAGAGUGUGGAGUAUGUCGUGUUCGAUGAAGCUGACAGGUUGUUUGAAAUGGGUUUUGCCGAACAGCUUCAGGAGAUCAUUCGGAGGCUUCCAGACACCAGACAGACUCUGCUGUUCUCUGCUACUCUGCCCAAACUGCUGGUGGAAUUUGCCAGAGCUGGGCUGACAGAACCAGUGCUGAUUCGUUUGGAUGUCGAUUCUAAACUGAGUGACCAAAUCAAGUUGUCAUUUUUCCAUCUGCGUGUGGACGACAAGCAGGCAAUGCUGCUUCAUCUCUUAAGGAACGUAGUGAAGCCUCAGGAGCAGACAGUGGUCUUUGCAGCCACCAAACAUCAUGUAGAGUACCUCAAGGAGCUGCUUACUUCAGAAGGCCUGGAGUGUGCCUACAUCUACAGUGCUCUCGAUCAGACUGCCAGAAAGAUCAACAUUGGGAAAUUUGUGCAUCGAAAAGCCAUGGUGCUAAUUGUGACUGAUGUCGCUGCCCGUGGUAUAGACAUCCCCCUGUUGGACAAUGUCAUCAAUUACAACUUCCCCUCCAAGGCCAAGCUCUUUCUCCACAGAGUUGGCCGUGUGGCACGUGCGGGUCGCAGCGGCACAGCCUAUAGUCUGGUUUGUCAGGAUGAGAUGCCUUUUGUGUAUGAUCUUCACCUCUUCCUUGGAAGGCCCGUUCAGCUCGCCACACCUGACCACACACCAGAUUCAGACGGUGUGUUUGGUCGGGUCCCUCAAAGUAUCCUUGAUGAUGAAGCCUCCCAUCUGAUCACUGCCCAUGAAAAUUCCUUGGACCUGCAAAACCUGCAUCAUGUCUCUGAGAACGCCUACAAGCAGUACCUUAAGUCUCGGCCAAACCCCUCACCAGAGUCCAUCAGACGGGUCAAAAAUGCAGAUUUGUCCAGCAUGGCUGUCCAUCCAUUACUAGGGUCAGGUUUGGAGAAAAUGGAACUGGAGCGCCUUGAAAUAGUUGAUGCUAUUAAGGUCUACAAAUCCAAAUCGACUAUUUUUGAAAUCAACUCUAACAGUAAGACACCAGCCUGCGAAGUGAUGCGGGCUAAACGCUCCAAGGAUGCACAACUGGUGAACAAAUUCAGCAAGCAGAGAGAGAAUCUGGCUGCAGAGCGCCACCUGCAUCAACCCGUCAACAGUGAUUCCACACUGACCACAGGCAAGGAGGAUGAUUUAAAGGGGGUGUUCUCUGCUGUUGUCGGUGGAAAAAGGAGAGGUUUGCAUGAAGAGGAGGGAGAAAGGCCAAAGAACAAGAAAAGCAGACAGAGUGGGAAAGAUGAAGAAUUUUACAUCCCAUACAGACCCAAAGACUUCAACUCUGAGAGAGGGUUAAGUCUCAGUGGAGAGGGCAGUGUGUUUGAACAGCAGGCGUCCUCAGCCGUCCUGGACCUAAUGGGAGAUGAGGGCGGCCGGCUCAACCAGGACAAAAAAAUAAUGAAAUGGGACCGAAAGAGGAAGCGCUUUGUGACAGAAACAGGAAAAGAAGACCAGAAGAAGAAGAUCAGAAUAGAUGGAGGCCAGGUUAUCAGCAACAAGAAGAACAAGAAGAACUUUUAUGAGGAGUGGAAGAAAAAAUACAGGGUUGAUGACGGAGCAUCAGGCUCAGAUGGAGAAACAGGAGGAGGAAGAAGGAGGCCAGCAGGAGGCCGUGGUCGACGAGGUCCUAACUUCCAGAGCCCCGCAAGACCGCAGCAGACGCCUGGUGGAGGCAGAGUGCGCUCAGAGCUGAAAACAAGGGAGCAGAUCCUGAAGCAGCGAAAGAAGAAGCAGAAGCACCAGUUCCUGCAGAGCGGAGGGCUGAAGAAGCUCCAUUCCAAAAACAAACAGUGGUUCAGAGAAGUUAAGAAGUCAGGGUUUGGACGGGGUGGCCAAAAGAAGGGCAAGAUGAGGAAGAAACUGUGAGGGGGGACAAAGAAGGAGAAUGAUCACAGAAAUGAUUCUGUGAGAGAGCUGAGACAGAGGACAGCAUGAGCAUCUGAAUGAUGAAUGUCAGUUUUGUCCCAGUCCACCUCAAGAGUCUCAUGGUGCCUUUUCUGAUUGUGGUCAUCAGCUACUGGACUCCAUACAUGUCACAAUAUAAAAGAAUGAUCCAAUGAACAGGAUUUGUUUUUUAUGUGACUUUGACAGUAAAAUCUGCUCAAAUAAUUUUCGGUAUUGAAACAUGUCUACACAUUAACUGAUAAAUACAGAUGCCAGUAAGGCAAUAUCCUGUGUCACGUUUUCAUUUGCACUCAUGUCGAGACAGCAGACGAGUAUUUAUGAUGUGAUGUUUAGGUUGGUGCAGUUAUUUGGCAAAGUGUAUCUUUCAUGCACAAUUCUUAUAUACCCCAUUUUCUUCAAGUUAAUGAUUUAGUAUUGCACUUCAAUAAAUUAGGGAAACUUGAAAGAAAGACUUUAAAAAAAGAGUGGUCAAUGCAGCAGAGCCACGGCAAGUAAUAGCAUCUUUCUGUUAGACCCUCACCGUCUGGUAAAUGCCCAUGUCUUUUGAACUCCAUGUCCAUGCUGUGUUUCUUAUACUGUGACCUUAGUAAAAAAAGGGGUAUGUUGCA